AUAUAACUACACUCGAGAAGGCUACACUAGUUGAAAAAGAAUGUGUUUUUAAAAUGACCUAAUACCAAAUAAAAACCUGAGUAGUGUAAGAAAAUAAAUCCUUAGUGCUGAAGUUAAACAGAUCGAAGCAGUAACUAAUCUGAGUCCUCUGUAAAUCCAAGCCAUUUUGAAAUGUCCAGUUUGAAUGUUGUUGCAACCCACUUUCCAACAACAGUUCCUGCUGUCAAGCCAAUCAUGUAGCAAUGGCAAAACAUAAACAAUGGCUGUUAAUAAAUGUGAUAGGGUAAGGGAAUUCCCGCUAGUGAAGUCCGGCCUCGCGACCAGUGGUGGCGUUGUGUUCACUAAGUUGGCGACCUCACUAAGAUGGAAUGGACGCUUGUGGUAGACAUCUUGUUGGAGUCGAACUGCACGUGUGCUCUGAGCUUCACCUCAUAGAGUCAGCCAUUGUCUGCUACACCUGUCAACUAGUCAUAGGUGUAUCAUUGAUUCUAGGGGUGGAGCUUGGUACAUAUAAUGGGCAUGUGCGGAUAACAUAUUUAGUUGAGCCUGAAGAAGGAAAGAGAGAGGGGAGCCAGCUUCAGAACACAGAACCAUGUUCUUGAAUUGUGUUACCAUGGACUAUAACCUGUCUUGUUACUGUUGCAUUAAAUAAUUAAAACCUGUCUCAACAAACCUUUCGAUGCUGUGUUCAACUGGACUCCUUGUUAGCCUGCCUGUUGGAAGUCCACCCCUGCUUUAAAGAGACACUCACCCUUUUCCUUUGUGUUAUAAAUAAAUGUUUUUUUGUCUAUAUUUUUUCUGUGUGUUUCACUGUUCACAAAGUGAACACAAUGUAAAUACGUGUUGGGGCUACGUCCUACAAAUCAAAUACUUGUUUAAUUUUCAUGCUUAUCCUUGGACUAUUUGUCUGUUUGUACUUCCACUCCACACCUGCAGAGCCUCCCACAUUAAGCUUCUUAGGGGAGACUCAGCCUGGACUUCUGAGACUGCCGGCCAUCGGGGGUUGUUGAUGGGUGAUGAGUUGAACCCACACGAUUUUCCUCCCUCACCCCCAGCCAACAUCAACCACUAAUGCAAACCACGUGUGUAUGACUCUCCCUGCAGAAGUGGUGCUUUUAUUAGGUGAACUGCUAAGGAAAUACAGCUUAUAUUCAACCACCUAUCCUCAAGCAGCUACUAAAACUGAAGCAAUUCACUUUUAACCAAUUGGAGCCUUCGGGGAACAAGCUUGAAAAAACUUUCAGUGGAACAGCAGUAGUUCAACUCCAGUUUCUAUCCAACCCCCAGUCGACAGCCUGAAGAAGAUGGAAGUGUCUCACAGCUGCUUGAAAUCAGGAAGGAUCUGGCUGAUUUUGACUUCUUUGGCCUUAUUCCUGGUUAUCUGUGAUGCAAGAUCGAAGGCUUCCAGAGGAGUAGCAGUUCCUUUUGUCUUUGAUCCGAAGGCAAUGUGUGAUCCUCCAUGUCAGCAUGCAGGGCUCUGCAUCAGGAACAGCACCUGCUUCUGCUCCAAAGGCUAUGAGGGGGGACUAUGCCAGUAUGCUAACUGUUAUCCAAAGUGUAAAAAUGGGGGAGAGUGUCUCCGGCCUGGAAAAUGCAGAUGUCUACCGGGAUAUGGAGGAAAAUACUGUCAUAAAGUAUCUUGUGAGGGCGGUUGUUGGAACGGUGGUGAAUGCAUCUCUGUGAACAGCAUUGUGAAGUGUCUUUGUCCCUUUAGCUGGACAGGCUCAAAAUGUCAAGAAGCAAUCUGUCCCCAGGGAUGCAGAAAUGGUGGAAGUUGUGUUGCUCCUGGUAUCUGUAGCUGUCCAGAAGGAUGGGUGGGAGGAGCCUGUCAUAAAGCAAUUUGCCGACAUCCUUGUCUUAAUGGAGGAAAGUGUGUUGCACCAAAUGUCUGUAGGUGCCGUGGCCCUUAUUCUGGAGCGCAGUGCAAAGAGAAGGAGGUACACUGAACACUGAAGCUGUCCAAUCAUUUCAACAAAGCGUUUGUUUGGAAUAGUAAAUAUAAGAAUGACAUAAUGAAUGGAUAGACAUAUAUAAAAAGCAUUGUUAAUUAAACUGAAUUGCU